AUGGACGUGAAACAUGUCCAAGCUGUACAAAUCAACCAAGGAGAAAGAUUAUUGCGACUCGAAAAGCGACAAGCUGACGACGCUGCCUUGAAGUCCGUUUGGGGAAAUGGGUCUCCUUUUCCCAGUGUUCUGAGUGGUACCCCCCAGCAAGGCCCCGUUCAGCAUCCCCCAACUGACGUCUUCGACGACUUUGACGACGAGCAUGGGCACAAUCUACUUGGUAGUCUCCAUCUUGAAGCUGAUGAUGAGCCAGUCCGCCGUGGUGCUUCACGCGCUAACAGUGUUCGAUUCGAUGUCAGCGCCUUGCAAGGGUCUAAUUGGAAUGUGAACUCGCGCCAUUCAGGCGACUUUGGGCCUAUUCGCCCCGGCAGUGGCAUCGGAAGCCAUCCCAUGACAGAGCGAACUUUAUCACAUAAAUCUGAUGGGAGACAUAGUUCAGCUGGUCACUCAGUUCAUUCUGGUCGCACUAGUAGUCUAGGUCUUGAUACCAACUUCAUUAUCGGAGGCCAAGAUGAUGACUCCCCACUGGACACACCCGACCCUCCUCCUGGUCUUUUUAUUCUAGGAUCUGUACCAUCAAUUAUUCGAUGCUGGCUUAGUACAAACUUUUCUCACAGCGCACUUUUGUACGCUGAUAUCUGUUCGGGCUCUCAAAGGUCUGUGCUUGAUUACAGUUUGGUGAAAGAACUGGGACUUGCAGAGCAGAUACAGAAAGAUGCAAACGGAAGACAUCACAUCAGGCUUCCCGUCUAUCUUCCAGAAGCAGUUGUAACUCAGCCAUCUUCGAGAUCCAACAGCCCUGCUCCCCAAUUACCCACCUUGAGCGCAGAUUUUGAAAUCGUCGGUCUUUCCCAACGCAGCACGCCGGAUCGCAAGAAAGGCAUUCGUAUUAUUAUUGGCAGUGACACACUUCGGGCUCACAAUGCCGACAUCUUUUUCUCGCAGAAUCUCAUGACCUUGUAUGGCGAUGAUCGAAACAAGCUUUCUGUGCCGUUUGUAAGACCAGAAGAUGAGACUCUAUUCAAGAAUCUUUGUACGACUCACGUGCCUGUGGAAACGAAAGAGUUGAAGGCUACGGCGGCACCUUUUACACCAACGGAAUUUAAGCCCAAAGUUGAAGUGGCCCCCCAGGCCCUUGCUUCUGCUAUCUCUGAGAAGAUCGAGCAGGCUGUGAAGGCUCCAGUAUCUGAGCGCGAACCGCAGUCGGUAUCAGCUCUAGAGCCACAGCCUACCUUGCCCGAAACAGCUGACUUGGAUCGAGCUUCCAGUGUAAAGAGCAUGACUAUCACGACUGCGCCAGAACCAGAAAAGACGUCUCAGUCAAUCGAGUCUGCACCACAAGUUGAUGGAAAAACACCUUCCGAUACUAGUAAUCGUGACUCUCCUGUUGGCAUCUGGGGUCCUUGGCGCCAGAACCCAAUCACCGCUGAACCUCCUUCCACCGAAUCAACGAGUGGCUAUCAACGAGCCGCUCGCAGCGGUCGCUCAAUGAAAGUGCUCAAACCGUCAUCUUCCAAAUCCAUCUCCUCGAUCGCCGCUCCCAUGCGACCUACUGCCGCACCUCGUACAUCCACACCCUACGAAAUUCCUCCAGAGAUCCGAAGAAAGAGCCAAGUGGAAAGCACGCCAUUGAAAUGGGAAAGCAAGCGAGUGAGUUCCGAAGAGGUGAAAAGACCACCGAUCAUGCUGAAUACCAUUCCACGCUCUGAGAAUCCGGUUGGUGGUGCGAGUGCGUUUAGUUGGAUGGCUCAUGGUGGGACGGCUGGAGGGAAGAAGGCUGGGACUGUGGAAUAG